AUGCGGUGCGGACCGAUCCUGGCCCUCGCCGCUGGCGGAGGCAUCACGCUGGACAACGCCGCCUACAACUGCGCGCUCGACGUGUGUGCCGGGGCGGGCCAGCUGGACCGCGCGCGCGACCUGAUCAAGGAGAUGAGGUCGCACAGCUCUCUCGACAUCAUCACGUUCAACACCCUGCUGAAGGGCCACUGCAACGCGGGGGACCUGAAAGGCGCUAAGAAGUUGCUGAUCGAAAUGAAGGAGGCGGGGUUGCAGCCGAACGACGUCUCUUUCAACUGCCUCAUCAACGCGGCCGUCACAAGCCGCAGCGGCAAUUUCGACGAGGCCUGGGAGAUCAUCGAUCUUAUGGAGAAGAGUGGUGUGAAGGUCGACCACUACACGAUCUCUAUCAUGAUGAAGUCGCUCAAGAAGGCGAGAAACAACCACGACGUGCAGCGCGCGCUGGCCCUGCUCGACCGCACGGGGACGAUCGAGGUGUGCUCGGACGAGAUCCUGCUGAACACGGUUCUGGAGACGUGCAUCCGCCAUCGCGAGAACACGCGGUUGAAGGCGGUGGUUGCCGCCUACAGGAGAUCCGACAUGAGGCCCUCGGUCCACACCUAUGGCUCGCUCAUCAAGGCGUGCAGCAAUUUGAAAAAGGUGGACCAGUGCCAGGCGUUCUGGCGAGAGAUGGAGGAGGUGCGCGGCAUGGACCCCAACGACAUCGUGCUGGGUUGCAUGCUCGACGCGCUCGUGUGCAACGGAAUGGUGAACGACGCCGUGGUGCUCUUCAACAAGUGGCGCCCCGCGCACGGCCGCCUCGACGGGGCGGGCCGCGACGGCGGGAUCCAGAGCCCCUCUGGCCAGGACUUCGGCCCAGCCUGGGCCGCUGUGCAGCAAGCAGUGCCGCUCGCCCCGACCGUCGACGAUGCGUGGCAAGCCAUCAUCAGUGUCGCUGAGGACGAGUUGAUUGACCGCCGCGGCCUCAAUGAUCACGGUGACCUCUAUAGGGGGCGAGCGACCCCUCCCAGGCUCCGCUGGGUUUGCGCCAGCGUGCCCAAGAUGCCGCGCUACCCCAGGCUGGACAUCCAGACGUGCUGGAUCAAGCAGUGGGCCAUGGUCGCCAAGCACGCCUCCUCCCUGGACGUCAUCGGGGCCCAUGAGCGUGGUCGGCAGCAGAUCAGCCGCCUGCGGCGCGCCUGGUACCGCUACGUCCAGCACGCCGACGGAGGCCAGCAGCAGAGCCGCCUCGGCAACGCGCUUGCCAUCCAGUGCAGCGCCCUCGACUACAUGCCGAGCGCCGCCCUCCGCGCUGUCGCGAUGCUGGUGGACGAGGUGGGCGACAUGCUCGUCGCCGCCGCGAUCAGGCGGGCCAAGGCCAGGUUCGGCGAUUGGAUCGAGCAGCAGGCCUUGCUCGGAGGCAGUGCGCUGCACGCCUUCACUAAGGAGCCCAUGCAGUGGCAUCCAAGCUCCGCGUGCGACGACGGCGGCAGCGGGGCGGAGGGCAACCCCGUUCCGACGCCAGCGGGCCAGAUGCAGGCGGUGCAGCUCCUCGUCGAGGACCUCGAGGGCAGGCUGGCCGCGUCUACCAAGGCGCGCGCGGCUCGAGGAGCUCGCAACCUGGGCGUGGACUUCGCCGUCGGCACCAAGAUGCCCAGGAACGUGCGCAAGAGGCGGCUCAAGCAGGCCUCGCGGCGAGUGCCGAGGCUUCGCCGCCCCCUCGGUCCCGCGCGUCGCCGCAGGAUCGCAGCCCGCGUGGCAGGGCUGGAGGCCAGCUACGCGCGCGGGGUGUGCUGCACGGGCCUAAGCGACGUCGAGCUUCAGCAGGCCAGAACCAUGGCCGUGAAGGCCAUCGAGCUGCGGCCCGCGGGUAAGAGCGCCACCGCGGUCCUGGCCCUCAUCGGAGCCGACUGCGACCCCAUCGUCAAGGCCACGCUCGACCCCAUCAGCACGCUGCACCGAGCCGUCUGGGAGCAGUGGCUGCCCAAGAAGGCGCUGGAUACGGCCUUUGCAGCUGCGGUCCGCCACGUCGGCCUGAGGAGUCAGGCCCGCGGGCCAAUCUCCGCAGCCGUCCUAUCCCUGCGGCGCGUCGGAUGGCAGUGCGAGCAGCUGGACAAGUGGACCUCCGACGCGGGCGACGUCCACUGCAUCGGCGACACCAGCCCGUGGCUGACCAAGAAGCUCCUUCGGCGCAGCUGCGAGGACUGGCAGGCCCGCCAGCUGAGCGAGCACGACGCCCCAUGGCUGGCCGUCGGCGUUAACUUCGGGCAGCUGCGGAAGUGGGUCGACCGAGGACGGCCCUCAUCGACGGUGGGCAGGAGCUGGCCCACCGCCACCAACGAGGAGCGCGGCUACCUCAGGUCGUGCAUCGUGAACGGCCAGUGGACCAACGUCAGGAAGUUCGGCAACAACCCGAGGUAUGCCUCCUCGGACUUCUGCGAGCCCUGCCCAGGGCAGCGGGGCGACAUCUGGCACAGGCAUCUCGAGUGCCAGGCCCUCACUCGUCUACCUGAUGGAGGAGAUUUGCCGCGGGAGAUGGCGCUCCUGCUGGCGCAGCGCGACAACCAGGUGAUCAGGAUGCUCGUCGAGAGGCUGCUCUUCCCGAUCCCCUGGCUGCAGUGGCGGCCACCUGCAGGCGGCUUCCUGGACCAUCUGCGCUGGUGCUGCGGCGAGCCAGGCGAGCCCUUCUGCGGCCAGUCCCUGUACUGCGACGGCGCUCUGCACGGCGCCGCACUUGCUGGUGGGCGGGGCGCCCAAGGCGCAGCGGCGGUGGUCGAGCUGCCGCCCGUCAGCGACAGCACCGACCCAGGGCCUGGCAGCAGGACCAAGGCGCUUGGUUCGCCGCUCGUCGGCCCGUGGCAGAGCAUCGAGGGCUCGGAGCUGCUGUCGGUGCUCAUCGUGCUGCGGCACUCCAUCCCGCCCAUUGUCCUGCACUGCGACGCCAGCUUCGUGGUGGACGGCCUCAACCUUAGAGGUGCUGAGCGCACCACCAUCGCGUCCUCCGCGUGGGGGCACCUGUGGCGGCUGGCGCGGGCGGCCCUCGACGAUUUCGGCGGCCUCUCGGACCACGGCCUCGCGGUGGUCAAGGUGCCUGGCCACGCGACCCUUCGCCAAGUUCGGGAGGGCGCCAUCACGCUCAAGCAGAGGCGCGGCAACUACGAGGCGGACCUCGUGGCAGGUGGCAUCGCCGCGGCGCUCGGACCCCUUCCCGAGGCGAGUUUGAGAAGCAAGCAGGCUGUCGUCAUUGUGGACGGUGUUGCGCGCUGGCUGGCCAAGGCCGGCACGCCAGCGGGGGCCGCCAGGGACGACAGCGCUCAAGGCUACGCGCAGCGCGACCUCGGCAACCGCAUCGGCCUCAGCCUCACGAGCCAUGUCUUCGCGACGCAGGCCGACGGCUCGUGGCACUGCCAGGCGUGCCUCAAGACGGCGCGCACCGAGAAGUCCAAGCAGGUGCUCUUCAGGGGCCCGUGCAAGCCCAAGGCGGUGGCCUCAGGGGCCAGGCGGGCCCCCGCCUCCAGCGCUGCUGCGGGUGCUGCGUUGGCGGCCGCCGCCAUUACGGCUGCCACUGCUGGGGGACACGGUGGAGGUGGCAGCGCCGAGGGCGGCGGCGGCGACCCCAGCAGCACCGCCGCCGCGAGCGGCCCCGCCCGCCGAGAGCGCCAGCCCUCGAGUGCCGCCGACCUCCUCAUGGCUGCAUCGAGGGAGCGCAGGGCGAACCGUUCUCGCGCUGGCGCCGUCGGAGGCAGCGGCGACAGGUCGCGGUCCCCUCGUGAGCGUGCAGUGCGCAGCGUCGCCAGUGCGCCGUUGGUUCCCGCCGAGGUGUCUGCCGAACGGGCGGGUCCCUCGGCUCCCGCUGAGCCGCCCGCUCUGUCCGCUGAGCAUGACGAGCUCGGGCAUGUGCUGCAGCGGUGCCACGGCUACGUCGUCUGCAACAGGUGCAACGCGUACGCACGUGAGCGCCUUGGCUCCUUCAAGGCGCUCUCGGGCAUGUGCGUCCCAGGCGAAGGAGAUGCAGGCCGCAUCCGCCGCCUCAGGGGCGACAGAAUUCGCCGAGGGGUGCACCCGACCAGUGGUGCGCACCUCCCCGACGCUGCAGCUGGAGAGGUGGCUGGCCUCUCGAGCUCGGUGGCCUCUGCGUAG